CUCCGGAGGCGGCCGCCGCCUAUUGGCUCGUGGUCCCGUCGCUCAGACCCAGUUCCGAUUUCCGCUCGCCUCGGCCCUUUCCCGUCCGGCUCGUGCGGUGGUGGCGGCGGUUUCGGACCCCGGCUCUUCUCGUUUCCAUCGGGUAGACGCUCUACUGCAAAGAUGGUCAACGUACCCAAAACUCGAAGGACUUUCUGUAAGAAAUGUGGCAAGCAUCAGCCUCACAAAGUGACCCAGUACAAGAAGGGCAAGGAUUCCCUGUACGCCCAAGGGAAGCGGCGCUACGAUCGGAAGCAGAGUGGUUACGGUGGGCAGACAAAGCCAAUUUUCCGGAAGAAGGCCAAAACCACAAAGAAGAUCGUGCUCAGGCUUGAGUGUGUGGAGCCCAACUGCAGGUCCAAGAGGAUGCUGGCCAUUAAGAGAUGCAAGCAUUUUGAACUGGGAGGAGACAAGAAGAGAAAGGGCCAAGUGAUCCAGUUCUAAAACUUGGGUUUUCUGAGAGGAAAAUGCUGAAGCAGCAGGAAAGUUACCUGUUAGAAAAUAAAAGUUAUUGUUAUUGAUA